AAAAAUCUAAACUACUGGAGGGGGGUUUCAGGAAACUUGGUAACUUAAAGGGCUUUUCUCAAGGUUGAAGAAAAACAAGGGGGUAAAAUGAAAGAUUGAGGAGAUGGAGAGUAUAAGCCCUAAAACAAACUCUGUCCCUCUUUUGAUUUUGUUUUGUUAAGAAGAGAAACAUGACAUCAAGGCGAGAGAGCAGAGAUUCAGACUCCAAACGAGAUCGUUCUAGAUUCGAUCGCGAAUCCAGCCCUAAGAGAUCCAAGAGAGAUGGGAAACCUGAAGAAGAAGAAGAAGGUGUUCUUCUGAGUAAGAAGGAUUUGGAUGUUAGAGAUGGCUGUACCGAGACAGAUAAGAAACCACGUCAGUCCCUGAGAGAUGCUGCUCCACUGGAGCCUGAUGCUCAGGGUUUGAGAAAAGACGUUGAAAAGAAGCUCUCUGACACGACCAAACAAGCUCCCCAUCUGUCUGAAGAGCUUCGUUCUAGACCAUACCAUCAGCAUGAUGAUCGUCGUACUAAUGGGAGAGAUGACAGAAGACAAACUUCUGAGAGAGGAUCAUGGAGAGGUUCAAGAGAUCAGAGCAGUCGAAGAGCUGGAGAUGAUCGUAGAGACCAAGACAAAAGCACCUGGCGACACGACAGGUUCCAUGAGAGUGACGACACCAAAGGAGCACUCUCCAGGAAACGCCCUGCCUUUAGAGAGAAGAAGAUUCAAGAGGAGUCUCGGAUCGACACAGACAGAACAAGAACUGAGGAGGCAAAAGACACGAAUCUAAACAGUCGCAGACAGAACGAGAGAAACUGGAGGAGCAACAAUGAGAGACCAGCAGCGGGAAGGGACAGGGUGUGGAACAGAGAUGAUGGAAGCAGACAGAGUUACCGAACCGAUAGAGAGGGAUUCAACAGAAACGGACGAAGUGGGUUUAAUGGAGGCUGGGCAAAGGCUGAGAAGAAAUGGGACCAUGACUUGUACGAGGAGGCGAACAAGAGUCCUGCUAGAGCCAACGAGGAAGAGCAGAUUGCAAAGGUCGAAGCUUUGUUGUCUUCUUCUUAAAGCUUUAUAUGUUUAUGUUUCUUGGUGUGGAUUUGCGUCUAAACUUGUUAAUGUCUUAGUUUUUUGCAAGUGUAGAAGAUAAUGUCUUGAGUUUAUAUAAUGAAAACUCUGUUCUAUUUUCCAGCAA